AUGGAAACACGGCAAAUAGAACUAAAGGAAGCUAUGUUAACCUUCUACCGAGUAUGCGAAGACCACAAGCAAACGGAACAAGCCUUAAAGAACCUCGCUAAAAUCAAGAAGGACAAGGUCAAAAAGGCGAAAGAAGACCUACUCACUACGUCCGACUACCUUAAACUUGCUCAACAAGUGUUUAACAAGUGGAUAAGGUUACGGGACGCAAACCAAGGUUGUAUAAGUUGCGGAACUCCACUCGGAAGCAAAUACGACGCAGGGCAUUUUUGGAGCGCAGGAGGACACUCUUCGGUGCGUUUCCACCCCGACAACGUACACGCCCAGUGUGUCGCUUGUAACCAACAUAAACACGGCAACUUGAUAGCCUAUCAAAAAGGACUAAUAGCCAAAAUAGGACUACAAAAGUACGACCAACUUGAAGCCAAGGCGCACGACACGAAGAAAUGGACAAAAGACGAACUGAAAGAAUUAAUAGCAACCUACAAAAACAAGAUUAAAGAUGAAGAUUACAGAUAA